AUGAAAAAAAGUGGAGGAUAUCAAGACGAUUAAUCUAAGACUUCCUUUUUUAACGAUGGAAACCAAUUAUUUACACAAAUAAUUGAUGAAAAUUUGCAAUUUUAAGAUUAGGGCAGUUUUCAAAUGAAAUAUAUCAACAAGGUUUCCACAAUAAAACUUUAUUUCGCAAAUAAUUAUCUAAAAAUUAUUGAUGAAGUAUUAGAAUCUGAAAAUAUUUGUUAGAUAUCAUCAAAAUAUAUAUAAAUUGAGAAUGUUUGCUUAAGAGUUGUGAUGAAUUUGAAAAAUUAGUAAUUUGGUUUUAGAAUAAGUAAAAAUGGGUAACAAGUUGAAUUUUAUGGUAAUGACUUAGAAUUAAUCGAAAAGAUGAAAAAAUAUGUGAUAUAAUCAGAGUUUUAGAAGAAAUAUCGAGUUAUAUAAAAAAUUGGUAGUGACUAAUUAUCAUCUGUAAAAUUUAUAAUUUAUAAAAAGGUCUAUAAGGUCUAACAUUAAAUAAGUGGAUAAAAAUUUGUAGCAAAGGUUGUAGAAAAAUAAAUGUUAUUGAAUAGUAGUAAAUUUGAAAAAGAUAACUUUUUAAAUUAAAUAAAUAUCCUAAGACAAAUGAAUCAUAAUAAUUUAUUAAAAUUAGAAGAAAUUCAUGAGGGUGAAUAAAAUAUAUAUAUAAUUACUGAAUAUUUAGAAGGAGGAUCAAUUAAAUAAUAAAUUUUGAAUAAUCUUCUUACUGAAUAAGAAAAGAUUAAAGUAAUGCAUUCUCUUUUUAGCAGUUUAGAUUAACUUCAUAAAUAAAAUAUUUAUCAUUAAGAUAUAAGAUAUGAUAAUAUAUUACUAAGAGAUGCCUAAGAUUUAAAGACAGCUUGUCUAAUUAAUUAUGAUAAGGCAAUUCAAAUUCCAAUAUAAAAAAAUAAUAAUUAAAUUAACAAUAAUCUUUAAGAUUAAGAGAAUAUGCUUAAUUAGUAUAUGAAAAGAGAUAUAUAUUGCUUGAGUGUUAUUUUAUUAACAAUGUUUACUAAGAAAAUUUAUAAAGAAAAUCAAGUGUUGGAUGAAUUAAUGAUUAAAAAUUCUAUAUAAUUAAUUGAAACAGAUUACAUGGAGUUAUCUCCUCCACUUUAUAGAUUUUUUGAGUAAAUUUUUAAGGAUAUGUAAAAGAAGUAAACAGAUAAUUUGAAUUGUGAAAAGAUAUUAGAGUUAGAUAUAUUUAGAAUUCAAUAAAAAUCUAGAAAUUCAAAAAAUUUUAUAUCUAAAUAAUUUCUACCUUUACUUCCAAAGAGAAUGAGUAAAUUUGAUCCUAGUUAAUCAGAUAGAGAAAAAACAGAUUGUUCUAUAAAUUCUAUAAAACUUCCACCUAUAAAUCGAGAUUCUUCAACUUCAGUUGAAAAAAGUGUAUCAAAAAGUCCAUAAUCAUUAUGUCUUCUCUCAAAUCAUCUUAAAACAAUAAAAAAUAAAAAUAAAUUAAGUUAAAGAAUGAAAAUGAUUAAAUAAAAUGUAUUUAUAUGA